CCAAUGCCUCCCUCUUCGUUUAUUCCCGCGGGGGUACACUUCUCUAUUUUUUGGUCUAUGUUGAUGACCUUCUGCUCACUGGCAAUGAUACUGCUGUCCUCUCCAUGUUUCAAGAGGCCCUCUCCGCACGUUUUUCUCUCAAGGCCCUCGGGGAUGUGAAUUAUUUUUUGGGGAUUGAAGUUAUCCCCACUGCAGAAGGGUAUAUGCUCUCCCAGCAUAAGUACAUGGUGGAUGUUCUCCAAUGUUUUCUGAUGACUGAUGCCAAGUCUGUUGAUACUCCUCUUGCGGCUUCCACCUCUCUCACUCUCACUGAUGGUACUCCACCCACGGAUGCUACCCGCUAUCGCCAAGUCAUUGGGGCUCUACAAUAUCUCGUGUAUACGCGUCCGGAUAUUGCAUACUCUGUCAACAAGCUCUCUUAGUAUAUGCAUGCUCCGACGACGUCUCAUUGGAAAUGUGUUAAGCGACUCCUUCGCUAUGUCUCUGGUAUCCUCACCUAUGGUCUCUCCAUUCGUCGGUCCUCUGGUUCCCUCUCACUCCCUGCUUUUGCCGAUGCUGACUGGGCGGGGAAUCUCGAUGAUCGCUCAUCGACAUCUGGUUAUCUAGUUUAUCUCGGCUCCACUCUAAUCUCCUGGCGCUCGCAAAAGCAACGGACGGUGGCUCGUUCCAGCACUGAGGCCGAGUAUCGUGCCAUUGCCAAUGCCACUGCCGAGUUGGAAUGGGUUCAAAAUCUUCUACAUGAGCUUUUUCAUCCACUGGCUGGCGCCCCUACACUCUACUCUGAUAAUCUUGGUGCUACCUACUUCAGCUCCAACCCGGUUUUUCACUCUCGUAUGAAGCACCUGGUGAUUGACUAUCACUUUGUUCGUCAACUCGUCCAGGCUGGCCGGCUCCGUGUCUCCUACGUUCCCACGUCACACCAACUCGCUGAUGCUCUCACUAAACCACUACCAUCCACUCACUUUCUUUUACUUCGAGCCAAGAUCGGAGUCGUUGAUACCUCCUCCGUCUUGCGGGGGCGUAUUAGAGAUAAAUAAUUUUCAUUGUAUUUUCUUAUUUUUCCACUAACUUUCUGUUCCUGACUUUGAGGGAAGUGGCUAGCUUUCAGUUGCUACGUGUGCUUACUUUCCCUCUCCAAAUCUGUAUAUUAGUCUCACAACAACAUCAAUGAGAAUCAGGUUGGAUUUUCCACAAUCACCAAAUCUGUAUUCUGUUCACAAACAUAAGUUAAAUGGGUUGGUUAUUUAGUUAUUUUCCCCCAUCUCCUGCAAAACAAUUUCACUAUAAGGUCUUUUCUCAUGUUGUCCCUUUCUGUAGCGGGUACCAUUCGUGAAUUUUUUUUAUUCAUAUACUCAAUUUUAUCAUAAACUAUUUCUCUCAUAUACUCAGCUGUAUAGGUAGUUUUUUUUAUUUUCCAUCUCCUACACCCUAUAUCCGUAUAAGCUCUUUUUCCCCUAUAGUAAACUAUGUAUGUACAUUUUCAUUUCACAUUACGGAAUGUUUACACUUUAUUGCGAAUGCAUUACGUAAAUUUUUUCAUUUCAUAUUACAGAGAUUUAUGUAUUACAAAUCUAUUACAUAAAAUAAUCAUUAUUCUUUAACAAAAUAAGGGUAGUAUUAAAUAUGUUACAAUUUUUUGUAGUGGGUACCAUUCACAAAGUUUUUUUAUUCAUAUACUCAAUUUUCUUAUAAACCCUUAGUUUUUUUCAUCUCCUACACCCUAUUUUAGUAUAAAGCUCUUUUUCUCAUAUAGUCAACUAUGUAUGUACAUUUUCAUUUCACAUUACAUAAUGUUUAUGCAUUGCAAUGCAUUACGUAGACCUUAUUAUUAACUACAAUAAUGCUUAUACCUUAUUAUUACAGAGAUUUAUGUAUUACAAAUCUAUUACAUAAAAUAAUAAUUAUAACCAAUUUUAUCAUAAUCCAUUUUUUCUCUUAUAGUUGGUUAUUUAGUUAUUUUCCCCAUCUCCUCCAAAACAAUUUCACUAUAAGGUCUUUUCUCACGUUGUCCCUUUCUGUAGCAGGUACCAUUCGUGAAUUUUUUUAUUCAUAUACUCAAUUUUAUCAUAAAAUAUUUCUCUCAUAUAUUCAGCUGUAUAUGUAGUUUUUUUUUAUUUUCCAUCUCCUACACCCUAUAUCCUUAUAAGCUCUUUUUCCCCUAUAGUAAACUAUGUAUGUACAUUUUCAUUUCACAUUACGGAAUGUUUACACUUUAUUGCGAAUGCAUUACGUAAACUUUUUCAUUUCAUAUUAUAGAGAUUUAUGUAUUACAAAUCUAUUACAUAAAAUAAUCAUUAUUCUUUAACAAAAUAAAGGUAGUAUUAAAUAUGUUCUCCAUUUUUUGUAGCGGGUAACAUUCACAAAGUUUUUUUAUUCAUAUACUCAAUUUUAUUAUAAACCCUUAGUUUUUUUCCAUCUCCUACACCCUAUUUUAGUAUAAAGCUCUUUUUCUCAUAUAGUCAACUAUGUAUGUACAUUUUCAUUUCGCACUACAUAAUGUUUAUGCAUUGCAAUGCAUUACGUAGACCUUAUUAUUAACUACAAUAAUGCUUACUAUCUCAUCAAUUAUCAUUAUACAAAAUUUAUGUAAGGUAAGUUUACUUUACAUAGUAGUUUAAUUAAAUGUAACACUUUCUAUAACUGCUUUUAUUAUUAGACCACACAUUAUAGAAGAUUUACAUAAUACCAUUCUAUAAAAAUUAUAUAGCUUAUAAAUAAAUUACUUAAAGCUUA